CCCAAAAGAGGAUGAAUUCCCCACACUUGGCUCCUAAAACGAGCAUGGCCAUUCUCUUCCUCUUCCUUCGCCAACAAUCACGACUUCCUACGACAUAAAAUGGGUGUGUAGUUUGGCUAUGGCUGCAGAUCUCUUCUUCGCUUCUCUCGAAGCUCGCUCCUUGAGCUACUCCUGCUGUAACCAACCACUCUUCUGUCCCUUCCGCCUCCCUCCACUGCCUUUUCACACGCUUCGCCUAUCCGCUGCCAAGCCUAAAGUCGGUCACCAGUUCGUUUCCAGAUGCUCGAAUUCCUAUUCGGAAUCCGUUCCUGGAGAUGUCGAUAUCCUUUCAGUAACCGAGUGUUCUGAUGGCAGCAUCAUCUUCCGGUUCGGAAAUGCGAGGGAAAUGGCAAUAAAUAAAGGGGAACAAUCUCAAUCAACCAAUGAAAGUGUUGAGGUUGUUACCCAAGUUGGCGGGAAAGAUUUGGACGAACAAGUCAUGAGCAGUAGUAAUGUAGUUGAUGUUUCUGAUGGAGAGCCUGAAGGAGGAGAGUCUGUCAGCAAGAAAGUUGAUCGUAACUUAAAAGUUAAAUCUCAACCAAAGAAAAAACCAAGACGUAAUACAACCAGAGUAGUUGAAGUUGUUAAAGAGAAAGCUGCCUCUGUUAUCGGUAAUGACACUGAGAUUGAGAAAAGUUCGGUUGAUUCUUCCAAGCAUAUACAUCCUAAAGACGGUUCUAUUGAGCUUGAUAAUGUUGCAACAGUAGAAAAUAGUAGUGUCCCUGAGGGAAUUGGUGAGAGUAUUAGUAAAACUGAGGGUACUACUUUGAAUAUGGUGUCAAAGAUGGAUGUAGUUCCCGUUGUAGAAAAGGUUUCUCCUCCAUUGGCAGCAUCUGCCGUUGAAAGUGAAAUUACUACUCAAUUAGCUUCUUCAGAGUCUGAUUCUAAAACUGAAGUGCCUCAUGGUGUUAAGUUCCAGGAAGAAAAUACUGAUGCUUCUGAGGGAAAUGGCGAGAAAAUUGUUAAAAUUGAGGGCACUACUUUGAAUAUGGUGUCGAAGAUGGAUUUAGUUCCUGAUGUAGAAAAGGUUUCUCCUCCAAGGGCAGCUUCUGCCGUUGAAAGUGAAAUUACUACUCAAUUAGAUUCUUUAGAGUCCAGUUCUAAAAUUGAAGUUCCCCAUGGUAUUAAGUUUCAGGAAGAAAAUAGUGGUGCUUCUGAGGGAAAUGGUGAGGGCACUACUUUGAAUAUGGUGUCAAAGAUGGAUUUAGUUCCUGAUGUAGAAAAUGUUUCUCCUCCAUUGGCAGUUUCUGCUGUUGAAAGUGAAAUUACUACUCAAUUAGCUUCUUCAGAGUCCAGUUCUACAAUUGAAGUCCCCCAUGGUCUUAAGUCCCAGAAAGAAAAUAAUGGUGCUUCUGAGGGAAAUGGUGAGAAUGUUGGUAAAUUUGAGGCUACUAUUUUGAAUAUGGUGUCAAAGAUCGAUUUAGUUCCUGAUGUAGAAAAGGUUUCUCCUCCAUUGGCAGCUUAUGCUGUCGAAAGUGCUAUUACAUCUCAAUUAGCUUCUUUAGAGUCUGCUUCUGAAAGUGAAGUGCCUCACGGUGUUAAGUUCCAGGAAGAAAACACUGGUACUUCUAAUGGAAAUCUUGAAAGUACAGUUAAGAUUGGGGGUACUACUUUGAAUACAGAGUCAAAGAUGGAUUUAGCAAUGAAAGAGGUUUGUGCUGAAGUGGCAGCUUCUGAAAAUAAUAUUGAAAGUGAAGCUACAACUCAAUCUACUUCUUUAGGGACCUGCUCCAAAAUGGACGUACCUCACAGUCUUAAGUUCCAGGAAAGUGGCAAGGAUGAUGCUAGUGAAAACUUUGCAAAUCUACCUGUGUCUUCCAGAGAACAUGGUGAGGAACAUAACAUAAAUGCAUCAAAAAAGUUAGUGAUGGUAGUUGGUGAAGAUAAGCUAAGAUCCACUUUGUCUGAGGUUGAGUCAAUUCUCAAUGAGGCAACUGUCCAUAAGACAGUGGAAGAAUCUGUUGAUGACGAUGUAGUUAAGAGCUCAAAAAUGUCAGAUGAGGGUGUACCUUUAUCAAGUUUCAAAGAAGAGAUAACUGAAGGUGGCGCAAGAAGUGGUAAUGAAGUUAGAGUGCCAAUGCUUAAAGGAGUAGAAGUACUGUCAGGUGGCACAAUUUUGGAAAGGGAGGAAAUUGCAACAGCAGGAUUUUUCUUAUAUUCUGGUGCUGCUCUAUUGCCAAAUCCCACUAAGGCCUUCGCAGGUGGAGAGGAUGCUUAUUUUAUUGCUUGCCAGAAAUGGCUUGGUGUUGCUGAUGGAGUUGGUCAGUGGUCAUUUGAAGGGAUUAGUGUUGGAUUACAUGCAAAAGAACUUAUGGAAAACUGUGAAAAAAUCGUGUCUGAUAGAAAUGGAGUUCCAAUAACUGACCCAGUAGAGGUCCUUAACAGAGGUGCUGCAAAAACUCAAUCUUGUGGUUCAUCUACAGUUUUGGUUGCUUACUUUGAUGAUUGGGCUCUCCAUGUGGCCUAUAUUGGUGAUUCAGGCUUUAUAAUUAUAAGAAACGGCGCUGUGUUUAAGAGGUCUUCUCCGAUGGUUUAUGAGUUCAAUUUUCCCUUACAGAUUAAAAGAGGAGACAAUCCCUCUGACUUUGUGGAGGUUUACAGAAUUGAUUUGAAUGAAGGUGAUGUAAUUGUCACUGCAAGUGAUGGACUUUUUGAUAAUUUAUAUGAGCAAGAUAUAGCUUCAAUUGUCGUCAAAUCAUUGCAAGAGAGUUUGAGGCCUCAGGAAAUAGCAAAACUCUUGGCAACCAGAGCGCAAGAGGUUGGUCAGUUAUCAUCUGUUAGGAGUCCAUUUGCGGAUGAAGCUCAGGCCGCUGGAUAUGUGGGAUAUAGGGGUGGCAAGCUUGAUGACGUGACUGUUAUUGUGUCAUUGGUGAAAAGGCGAUUCAGCAAUCAUGUACAGUCAUUUUCUCGUGAGGAUAGUCCCUCUGGCUAUGGAAGGAGAUUGCAUUUUGUGCAGAUGAAUUAAAAUUGUGAAUACGCUAUUAAUUAUUUUCUCUUUUGAGUGAAUUUCUCAUAUACUGCCAUCAUCCCUGGUCUCUCAAUAGCUCCAGAUCUUUCUCUGGCUGAAGGAAGGACAAGCAGGAUCCAGUAGCUCUAUCUGACCAACAACUAGCAAACUAUUAGAUAAUAAACAACCUUUCCAGCACAUGCAUUGCCUCGUACCAAAUGUGUUUUGUUACACAAGGCAUCCAUGCAUGUCGGUGUGCCAUCAAUGUGGGUCUUGUGAAGUGAUUGGUUCAUGUCUUUGCAAUUUACCAAAUGGAGUUAAUCAUAUUGUUAGGGAUAAGGUCCUUACACAUCCUUCAUUUCUUUGUAAUUGCUUUCUUGUCGAAGGAGCUAAAGAUAGCCAUUCCUACGGGGCAUGGACUGGUCUGAAUUAAUGUCGUUACUACCUGUUUGCUAAGAUCACAAUUAUUGAACUUUGGUGCCGCUGCACUAAAGGGGGUGAGCACAACUUCUGUUACCCUGGCACCUUCAAUCAGUGCAUCGUAACCAUUGAAAUACAGGCAUAUGGAGACUAACUGCAUCUCUAGAACCAAAAGGCAGAUAUUUUAAGCUGAUAGCAGAGGUUUUUAUUUAAGCAAGUUGGAUAGAGCUUGCUGCCCCGCCGAUCACAUUUGAAAAUAAGUUAUCAGAAGUGAUGUAAGAUAAUUAUCGGAAGCUGGCAUUAAUCUUGGUCUAAGUUACAUUGUAACUUCUUACAGUUUCAUCUCAUUGGGGUCACCCGGAAUCCUUUGAUGGCCCUUUUUGCUUGCAGAAACAAUGAUGAUAUGAUCAUGAAUUCGUGGUAUAUGUUAGCAGGAAAUUUGGUCGAGUUGAAAUAGCAAACAAUACCCAGAUUCCGGGACAAAGCUGAUUUGAGCUAUUUUCCCUUUAGCCAAAUUGAGAACACAUUCUGUAAUCAUAUCAUUAGAGUUCUUGGACUAUUCAAUUUCUUUUACACUUAAUGGAAGAACCUAUU